AAGGAAGACGAACACUCGCGAGCAGAGCACGACGGCACCACCUCUGCGCACACAUAUACCACCGCCUCCGCGCCUCCUCCUCCUCCGCCCACGAUACACCAGCCUGAGCCGCGCGAAUCGUAAUUUGCAGGAGCAUCACCGGCGUUCGCCUCAACGAGGGUGUAGGCUGCGAUCUAGAUCGUGUGACCAGCUGUAGCCGCCGCCUCAGGGCCGAUUCCAAGAUGAGCGUGGUGGGAUUUGAUCUAGGCAACGAGAGCUGCAUUGUGGGGGUGGCACGGCAGCGUGGCAUAGACGUGGUUCUCAAUGAGGAAUCCAAACGGGAGACCCCUGCCAUCGUCUGCUUUGGUGACAAGCAGCGCUUCAUUGGCACUGCAGGCGCCGCCAACUCUACCAUGAACCCCAAGAACUCUGUCUCGCAGAUCAAGCGCUUGCUGGGCCGCAACUUUGCCGAUCCUGAACUGCAGCGCGAUCUGCAGUCCUUCCCUUUCCGUGUCUCGGAGGGCCCUGAUGGGUUCCCCCUUGUGCACGCGCAGUAUCUGGGGGAGGAGCGCUCGUUUACUCCCACGCAGCUGCUCGCCAUGGUGCUGUCUAAUUUGAAGACCAUUGCUGAGGGUAACCUGAACUCCGCUGUUAUCGACUGCUGCAUUGGCAUCCCAGUCUAUUUUACUGACCUGCAGCGUAGGGCUGUUCUCGAUGCCGCAACUAUUGCUGGUCUCCGGCCGUUGCGCUUGUUCCAUGAGACUACUGCUACUGCAUUGGCAUAUGGCAUCUACAAGACUGAUCUCCCGGAGAAUGACCAGUUGAACGUCGCGUUUGUUGAUGUCGGGCAUGCAAGCAUGCAGGUAAGCAUUGUCGGGUACAAGAAGGGGCAGCUCAAGAUGUUGUCCCAUGCAUAUGACAGGUCUCUUGGCGGAAGAGACUUCGAUGAAGCCCUAUUUAAGCACUUCGCUGCAAAAUUUAAAGAGGAGUACAAGAUUGAUGUCUACCAGAAUGCCCGCGCCUGCAUUAGGCUGCGUGUAGCCUGUGAGAAGCUCAAGAAGAUGCUGAGCGCCAAUCCAGAGGCGCCAAUGAAUAUUGAGUGCUUGAUGGAUGAGAAGGAUGUGCGAGGGUUCAUUAAGAGGGAUGAGUUUGAACAGAUCAGCGCCCCGGUACUGGAGCGUGUGAAAGGGCCAUUGGAGAAGGCCUUGGCAGAAGCUGGCUUGACCACGGAAAGUGUGCACUUUGUUGAGGUUGUUGGAUCAGGUUCCCGUGUUCCUGCUAUAAUCAGGAUUAUCACUGAAUUCUUUGGGAAGGAACCACGGAGAACUAUGAAUGCAAGUGAAUGUGUUGCCCGUGGAUGUGCUCUUCAGUGUGCUAUACUUAGUCCCACAUUCAAAGUCCGGGAGUUCCAGGUAAAUGAAGGUUUUCCCUUUUCAAUUGCUUUAUCAUGGAAACCAGAUUCCCAGAACAAUGAGCCCCAGCAAACAGUGGUAUUCCCAAAGGGGAAUCCGAUUCCUAGCGUCAAAGCUCUGACCUUCUAUAGGUUGAAUACAUUUGCCGUAGAUGUUCUGAAUGUUGAGACAGACGAUUUGCAAAUAACAGAAAAAAUUAGCACUUACACGAUCGGCCCUUUUCAAUCAAGCAAAGGCGAGAAGGCAAAACUGAGAGUGAAAGUUCGUCUCAACAUUCAUGGCAUUGUCUCUCUUGAAUCAGCGACGAUGCUGGAGGAGGAGGAAGUGGAAGUUCCGGUUUCUGCUACAAGUGAGGUGGCAAAGGAUGCUACUAAAAUGGACACAGAUGAUGGAACUGAUGUCAAUAUGCAGGAUUCUAAAGUUCCUUCAGCCGAGGGUGCUGAUGGGGCGCAAGAUUCCGAGGAAAAAUCUGUUCCCAUGGAUACUGAUGCCAAGAGUCCAUCAAAAAAGAAAGUUAAGAAAACCAAUGUCCCAGUCGCGGAAUUGGUGUAUGGUGCAAUGGGGCCUGAUGAGUUGCAAAAGGCUGUUGAGAAAGAGUUUGAAAUGGCUCUUCAAGACAGAGUGAUGGAAGAAACCAAAGAGAAAAAGAAUGCUGUGGAGGCUUAUGUUUAUGACAUGCGUAACAAGCUUUAUGAGAAGUACAAUGACUUUGUCACGUCAGAGGACAAGGAAACAUUGAUGACUAAGCUCCAGGAGGUUGAGGACUGGCUGUACGAAGAUGGUGAGGAUGAGACAAAGGGAGUUUACCUUGCAAAACUGGAAGAACUUAAAAAGGUUGGUGGCCCUAUCGAGUUGCGCUACAAAGAAUCUGAAGAAAGAGGGUCAGCUCUUGAACAACUGGGGUACUGCAUUCGCAGUUUCAGGGAGGCUGCAUUGUCCAAUGACCAAAAGUUUGAUCAUAUUGACAUUGUCGAGAAACAAAAGGUUGUUAAUGAGUGCUCGGCAGCGGAGAAUUGGCUACUUGAGAAGAAGCAGGAACAAGAUGCUCUGCCAAAGCAUGCUAAUCCUGCCUUCCUUGUUUCUGAGCUUAAGAAGAAGGCCGAAGCACUUGACAGAUUCUGCAAACCGAUCAUGACAAAACCAAAGCCAGCGCCCAAGCCCCAGACCCCUCCUCCGUCAGAAACCCCAGCACCGGAACCUCAAACGCCGGAGCAGCACCCAGACGGUGCCACCGAAGCCGGUGACCCUGCAAGUGAGGGAGGUGCUCAGGAGCAGCCCGCAGCCGAGGAAAUGGACACCGACAAACCUGAUGGACAAACCUGAUGGUUCUACGGAUCCUUCCUCGGCAUAAGCAUCUCACUGAUCGAAGGAGCUUUUGUCUCCGUUAUUAGUUGCAAUCGCAUGUGUCUGGUAGCACAGCAAGCAUGUGGCACGGUUGUUUUACCUGUUUGUGGGGUUAUGUAUGUAUCGGAACAUCGAGUGUCCUGUAGGGUUUCUAGGUGUCAAUGUGUCGUUGUCAAUGGAUUUAGUUCUCUUGACGGCAGUUGGUUGAGUGAUGCAGAAAGUGUCCCA